AACAUGCAAUCACGGGACAUCAUAAUUAUAUUACGUAUGUAAAAUCUAGAAAUCUGUUUCCAAGGACAUUUUAUUUUCAUGUCUUUAAUUAAAUCAGAAGAUUUGACAUCUGAAAAUUUAUUAUCUAUUUUUGGACUGUGCUUCACGAUAAGCAUCGAGUAUAAAGCAGUCGCGUGUAAUUGCGAGUACUGUGACGAGGAAAAAGUGAUAGGUUUAGGAGAGGAGACGACUACUCCCGUAUGGCGAGCCAUGUAUGAGGAAGAUAGCGACGAUGAUGGUAAUCGGACAAUUUGCGCCACGAAUCGCGAUUUUAACGAGCGCACGUUUUCAAGCGUCUGUCACAUGUUAUGUUACAAUCAUUGCACGAGAUAUCGAAUAGUAAAAGUUGGGGAGAAUGAUACGAGCAAUGUCCUGGUUGCGUUUAGACCGAAUUAUUACAAAUUGAAAGACGGGGAAUGCUGAAUAGAUUCUUCUCAAGAUUGGCGGUGCGAACAUGAUGCAGUGUGUAGAUGUCAUAGUUGAAAGGCCUGAUGUAUACAUCAACGAGACUAUUUUAAGUAACAAUAAAUUAUUGCGUAUGUAAAUUCGCUAACAUAUAAUGAAAUAUAUAUUUUCACGAUUUUAUCAUCCGAUAAAGCAAGCGGAUGUUUUUGAAUCUGACAUUUCGUAUGUAAAUAGUUUUCGAAGCCGCACGGUAAUUCCCAAAAUAGACGCUACACUGCGCAUAAACAUUGUAUUUACUCGUAGUUAAAAUCCGGUUCAAGAUCUUGAAAGGCGCGAGGAGGAGAAAUAUAUCAUCGCUUACAUGACGUCGAGACUCUACCGUGAUCAAGGUGGUAUCUCCAAGGUGUAACUCUUUCAUUGCACCCCGGAUGAUCUGAUGAUCCUUGCAAAUAUUCUUCAUGUGGAUAUUGGAUGCAUAAUUUAUGUUAGUCAGGAUUUGCGCGCUAUCCCGGAUAAAUUUAGUUAUAAAAAUAAUAUAUUCUUAUAGGAAUACACUUGAGUAAUUGUGUUGCUGUGUUCUGAAAGAAAUUGAAAGUAGUAAUAAAUAUUUUGCUUAAAUUCUUAA